AAAUCCUGGAGUUUUCAGUCCGCCCAAUCCAUUUGGGGAAUCCCCAUAGCUGGUAGUUACAGUCUGUAUGGAGGUGGAGGUUAUCUCAUAGCUUUUGAUCAAAACGUGAGUUGACAUUGAUAUAAUAGUUAUAUUGACUUAUUAAAAUAUGAACAGGACUAAUUUCAUUAAAAAUAAAAAUAUGUUAAAUGAUUUAAAAUUUAAAACUAUUUAAAUUUAACAGAUUUGUUGAUGUAUGUCUACUAUUUUAUGAACACUCCUUAACUAAAUUCAGACUAUAAACAACAUUAUAAAUGAGUUCGAAGAGCACAAGUGGAUCGACCGACAAACUAGAGCCGUUUUUGUUGAGUUCACAAUCUAUUGUCCUAACAUCAAUCAUUUUGCUUAUGUGAUACUUUUGGCAGAGUUUCUAGAUACUGGGGGAAUUUUACCCUAUUCCAAGUGAGUAUUGAGCCAAUACAUAAUUAUGUUAUGCGCAUAGCUAGCUCAUUAAAUUUUAAAAAAAAAUAAAUAAAAUGAGUAAAACAGAGUAGGGUUAAACCUGAAAAUAUAAACGCAACAAAACAGCGAACGUGUCGGCAGAAAGCCUUUGUCGGCGAACAAAACAACAGAAAAAACGGUAUAAAAAUAAGAAAUAGCACUUAGCUGGUAAGUAGUAUCUGUGGGCAGCAAUAGCAUUAAUUAAAUUAAGCAGCUCUGAGUGUGUAGCUAGAUUAUGACAGAAACUCUCUUGUAUAACAUGAUGUCAUAAUUGAUACUUUUUCAAACGUUGAUUUUACUGCAAGUCUAUCAAUUAUUAAAUGGAGAAUCAGCAAUACAAAAAUUCUUAAAAUAUUGUGUCCGAGUUUACACUGGUUUUGUAAUUUAGAAUGAGUUAAAAUCGUAAACAAUAAAUAAAUAAUGAAUUAGUUUGUUGUGUACAAUUAUAUUGAGGGAUUUGACGGAGAUGAGAGAGGGGAUAUUAUAUUAGAAAUGCAUUAUAUGUGUUCACUACAUUAGACAAGAAAUUUUGAAAGUAAAUUUGAAGUGACUUGUAUAUAUCUUUUCAUUUUAAUUUGAUAAGUAAAAAAAUAUAAAAGCAAUAAACAAAGUAAUCUGUACAAGAAUUAUUUGUAUAUUAACAUGAUGUGUAUUAAUAUAACACGAUCUUCUUAAAUUUCAGUAUUUACCCAUUCAAUGUCCACCAUCCUCCUGGAAUUCUUGGUGCGUAUGUUCAAUUGUGUGAAGUUAUUGGAAUUAUCUUUACACUGGUUGGCGUGCUCUAUGCUAUUUUUAUCUUUGGAAAGAAAAAGUGGGCGGCACUUAAGGACCUGUGGUUUGUGGUGGAUUUGUCUGCUGUUCUUGUAGGGAUUUGUACAGCUUCUAUGUUGUUGUAA